GGGGUAGGGUGAUUGAGGAAGGCUGAAUCGCUUCCCACGGGAAACCGGGUCUGUCGGUCGCUGUUGUUGCAAAUCGCCGCCUUUUGCUUGCAUGCUGCCUUUUUGCAUUGGACCGCCACUUAUCCUUUCGGGUCGAGAUAUUUAUCUGUCUGCGGGGAUGUGCAGCUAGAGAGUAUCGGAUCCUAUGGAAGAAUCGCUUGAGAUACAUUGAUCACAGAUCUAUGGGCUGAUUUGCAGUUCUUGAAGAAUGUUUGUUCCGAGAUCUCUCAAAGUCAAGAGGAAUGUGAUUGAUGAGGAGUGCUGUGUCGCUAAGAAAAACAAACCCUCCCCCAAUGAAUUUGCAUCUGAAAACUCUACAGAACCCAAAGAGUCCAACAAAGUAGAUGCAGCAACUGUUGAGACUGACUCAUUGAAAUCAGUAGAAGGAGACACUGCACCACAGACAUUUUUAGAUUCAACUCUGGCCCUUUCUGAAUCAGAGUCAGAAAACAAUGAGGACUCUUGUGAUGCAGAAGAACCCAUAAAAUCUUUCAGUAAAAUUCAGCGCUGGCCACAAUCCGGGGAACCUGUAUGUGUGGUCUGUGGUCGGUAUGGGGAGUACAUCUGUGACAAGACUGAUGAAGAUGUAUGUAGUUUGGAAUGUAAAGCCAAGCACCUUCUACAAUUCAAAGGGGAGGAGGAAAGCUUAAAGCCUACUAAGAGUGAACAAGCCAUUUCUCAGCCUGGUGUUGCUUAUGUGUAUGAAGAGAAUGAAUUCCUGUUAAGCCUUGAGGAUGAGCAGAUCGAAAGUUUAAAACAGCAGCUUGGCAUAGCUGUUGAAGGGCAAGGAGUUGCAAGACCCAUUGUUGAGUUUGAACAUUGUGGCUUCCCAGAAAUUCUCAGCAGCAAUCUAAAAAAAACAGGCUAUGAAGUCCCAACCCCUGUCCAGAUGCAGAUGAUUCCAGUUGGGUUACAGGGCAGGGAUAUUUUGGCAACCGCUGACACCGGCUCAGGAAAAACUGCAGCUUUCCUCCUUCCUGUUAUAAUUAAAGCUUCCGAAGAGACAGAGACUUUGUCUGCUCUUAUUCUGACACCAACAAGAGAAUUAGCUAUACAGAUAGAGAAGCAAGCUAAAGAGCUCAUGAUUGGUCUACCAAAUAUGAGAACCGUUCUUCUGGUUGGAGGAUUGCCUUUACCACCCCAGCUUCAUCGGCUGAAGCAAAACGUUAAGGUGAUCAUAGCUACACCUGGAAGGCUCCGAGAAAUUUUAAAGCAAUCCUCUAUUCAACUUCAUAAUAUUAAAAUUGCUGUUGUUGAUGAGGUUGACACCAUGCUAAAGAUGGGCUUCCAGCAGCAGGUGUUAGAAAUUUUGGAAAAUAUUCCCAAUGAUCAUCAAACCAUCUUGGUGUCAGCCACAGUGCCUUUAAGCAUUGAACAGCUGGCAAGCCGACUUCUGCAGAAUCCAGUGAAAAUAACAGUUGGAGAAAAGAAUCUGCCAUGCUCCAAUGUUCGCCAGAUUAUUUUGUGGAUAGAAGAGCCUUCCAAAAAGAAAAAGCUUUUUGAAAUAUUAAACGAUAAGAAACUCUUUAAGCCUCCAAUACUGGUAUUUGUGGAAUGUAAGUUGGGUGCUGAUCUUCUGAGUAAUGCUGUUCAUAAAAUCACAGGUUUACAGACAACCUCGAUGCAUGCUGAGAAAUCACAGUCAGAAAGAACUGCAAUUUUACAGGGAUUAUUGCAAGGGGAAUAUGAAGUUAUAGUAAGCACUGGAGUCCUUGGGCGUGGACUUGACCUUGUCAAUAUUAAGCUGGUUGUGAAUUUUGACAUGCCAUCUAGCAUGGAUGAAUAUGUGCACCAGGUUGGAAGAGCAGGUCGGCUGGGUCACAAUGGAACUGCAAUUACAUUUAUUAAUAAUAACAGCAAGAAACUUUUCUGGGAUGUGGUAAAGCGAGUUAAACCAACUGGCACCAUUCUCCCACCUCAGUUAUUAAAUUCUCCAUAUUUACAUGACCAAAAGCGGAAAGAACAGCUGAGGAGCAAAGAAUAUCCGAAUGAUCUUGUAACUGGGGACAAUCUUAUGGACAUUAUUAGAAAACACGAUAAAAGUACUUCUCAAAAGUAACAAGCUAAAUUUAAAAACAUAAUUUGUUUAUGUUAACUUGUUUUAUAUGCAAAAUUUCAAUCCAUUUCUAUGGAUGUGCUUCAAUAAAAUAUAAGUUUGUAGCCUCAUUAAUUCAAAUGAGAGCUAAGCGAGGUAUUAAAUUUAUUUUUUUUUCAUUUAAACUGAUGCUUAAUUUUGGUGAGAGCUGAUAGUUUAUACAUCUCCAUGCUUAUGAGAUAUAAAGAGUGCCAAGAUAAUGACUUAUCCUGGAUCAUUUUAUACAGUAUUUCAUUAAGGGCUUAGAUCUCAGGUUAAAUGGCAAAAUACAUAUGUAUUUUCAAUGGCUGGGUUUAGUGCAAUUUAUGUAGAGAAAUGGGGAAUCAGGAAAUCUCAUUCACUGUUAUCAAAUAUUACAGCAUUCCACAUAUGCAUUAUUUAGUAGCGAUUAAUCUGAGGGAUAAAGGUAUUUAAAUAGUCAUGAACUAAUUUAAGAUGUGCCUGAUGAACUGAAAUGCUUUGUGCAAAAUAAGCAAUUCUGAAUUUGUUUCUUGAAGUGGCUGGUUUUAUAGCAUGGAAAAGCAAAAGAAUGUAAGAAGCACAGAGAGUAACUUCAGUAUGGAUUAAAAUGAAGGCUGUGCUAGUCUUAAACUUAUUUAAAAUGUACAUUUAAGUUCAAAUUCAAAAGAUGUUGAGACAAACAACUGGUCAAAUACUUCUGAAAUAUAUUAUUUAUUCAGCUGUACCUAUUAGCAAAGAUUAAAUGUUGUAUGAGGGGGGGUUAAUCUUGUUUUCUUACAAGUAAUUAUUUCCAGUCCUAGUUCAGACUGAUAGUUAAUUGGGCAAAUAAAUUCAAUUCACGUGUGUCAGAUUUUUUGCCUGGACGGGAAUCCAAAAUUGAAAAAGGGCAAAAAGAUCUUGAAUCUGGGAUGGUUAUCUAUUCAACUCAGUAGUCAGAAAUCUCUAGAAUGAGUAAUUGUACCUUUUGAGUAUCUCGUUUUGAAAUUAAAACAUGAAAAGAUCAUUGGCUACCUGGCUGCACAGUAAUACAUGUGUAUAGAAGAACUUCAGCAGAAUACAAAUUUAAUAUGCAAGUAGUGUGAGCUUCAGUUUUGGGCAUCAUUAAUUAACGGGCAGAUCAAGAAGAGAUUUCUACCUACCAGAUCUUUCAGCCAGUAGUGAGUAUUGAGCUAGAUCAGAUCUUCCCAGUCUGGGUACUUUCAAGAUAGGUGGAUAUUAAUUCCUCAGGUUUUCGGCAGUAUUCAUGUUGGCUAGGAAUUCUGGGAAUUAUAUCUGCACAUUUUUUUAUUUAAUGCAAAUAUUUAUAUGCUUGCAUGAAUCUAUAGAGGGGAAUUGAGUUGAGUUGGGAAAAGCUGGAUGAGAGUGACCCAACAAUUUACCUCAGUAUAAAACAGCUUGGAAUAAAUAUUAAUGAUUGCAGUGGAGGUAGAGUGGAUUUCAAAAGGAAAAAGAAAUACAAUUCUUGAACUUGAGAUACAUUGAUUGAAUUGUGCAAUCAAAUUGGUGUCAACUCUUACAGAACACAUAGAUAGACCAGUUCCAGCCUGUCCCUCAGGUCUUCCAAUGUGCUGUAGCUGAGUCCACUUUGUUGUUAUUCAUUAUUUUCUUCUCUUUCAUUUCAUCUAUCAAACAUUAUAGACUUCUCAAGAUAUGAUAUCUAUUUACCUACCUACCCUACCUACUGUCAACUGACAUGAAAUGUCUAUAAAACCCAUGUUAUAAAGCUGUAUGAGUUUUUAAUUGUCAUAACUUUUUUAUUUCUAGAAGAAAAAUGGC